GUGAUAGGUCGGGCUGGGACGGGAUUAACGGAGAAGCCCCGUGAUUCGCUGCCACUUCCGGUACUAAAACACCUGCUCCGGUUCUGCCAUCGUUCUGCUCGUGUCAUCCUGAAGUCGGUGCUCGAUUGGUUUUGUCUGGCUGGAGAAACAUGGCAGACCGAGAGGAUAGCAUCACAGUUCCCGAGUUUAACUGCCUUCUUCAAACGGAUCCCGGGCUCAAAAAGUAUGAGCAGGACUUCAAGAGGAGGUAUGAGCUGCUAAAGAAGCAGCUUUCCAUUCUGGAAGAGGCAGAGGGAGGCUUUGACCAAUUCACACGCAGCUACCGCUCCUUCGGUGUGCAUCGGCAGUCUGACAACAGCCUGUUCUUUAAGGAAUGGGCUCCCGCCGCAGAGGCCCUCUUCCUUACUGGGGAGUUCAAUAACUGGAACAAGUUCUCCCACCCGUACACCAAGAAAGAGUUUGGCAAAUGGGAACUGAUUGUCCCGCCGAAGCAUGACAACUCUCCAGCUGUGGGUCAUAACACCAAACUAAAGGUAGUAGUUCACACCAAGGAUGGUGAGCGCCUGUACCGGAUCUCGCCUUGGGCAAAAUAUGUGACCAGGGAGGAGAAAUCCGUCAUCUAUGACUGGGUUCACUGGGAUCCCCCACAGCUUUACUCGCACAUCCACCCUCGGCCCAAGAAACCCACAAGCCUGAGAAUUUAUGAAGCUCAUGUGGGCAUCGCUUCACCAGAGCCAAAGAUUGCCUCAUACACAAACUUCACACACAAUGUGCUUCCUCGAAUUAAAGACUUGGGUUACAAUUGCAUUCAGCUGAUGGCAAUUAUGGAACAUGCCUACUAUGCAAGCUUUGGAUAUCAGAUUACAAGUUUUUUUGCUGCCUCAAGUCGCUAUGGUACCCCAGAGGAGCUAAAGCAGCUGAUUGAUGUGGCUCAUUCUAUGGGCAUAGUGGUGCUGUUGGACGUGGUUCACAGCCAUGCCUCCAAGAACACGGAGGACGGCCUCAAUCGCUUUGAUGGCUCCGACUCCUGCUUCUUCCACUCCCCGCCCAGAGGAGAGCACCUUAUGUGGGACAGUCGCCUCUUCAACUACUCCAGCUGGGAAGUGCUGCGCUUCCUGCUGUCAAACCUUCGCUGGUGGAUGGAGGAGUACCGCUUUGAUGGCUUCAGAUUUGACGGCGUUACCUCUAUGCUGUACCAUCACCAUGGUAUCGGCACAGGCUUCUCAGGGGACUACAGCGAAUACUUUGGCCUGCAGGUGGAUGAAGACUCUUUGGUGUACCUGAUGCUUGCCAAUCACAUUCUCCAUACUCUUUAUCCUGACUGCAUCACCGUUGCGGAGGAUGUGUCAGGAAUGCCUGCCCUCUGCAGAAGAGUAGAGGAGGGGGGUCUUGGCUUUGAUUAUCGACUGGCUAUGGCCAUUCCUGACAAAUGGAUUCAGAUCCUGAAGGAGUUUAAGGAUGAAGACUGGAACAUGGGUAAUAUUGUACACACACUGACCAACAGGCGCUAUGGAGAGAAGUGCAUCGCCUAUGCAGAGAGUCACGAUCAAGCUCUGGUUGGUGAUAAGACCCUGGCCUUCUGGCUAAUGGACAAGGAAAUGUACACCAACAUGAGCACCCUGAUUCCCAUGUCCUCUAUUACCGACCGUGGAAUGCAGCUGCAUAAGAUGAUCCGCCUCCUCACACACGGUUUGGGCGGAGAAGGCUAUCUAAACUUCAUGGGAAAUGAGUUUGGCCAUCCUGAGUGGCUGGACUUCCCCAGGGAAGGUAACAAUCAGAGCUACCACUACGCCCGACGGCAGUUUAACCUGCUGGAUACGGAUCACCUCCGCUACCGCCAGCUCUACGCUUUUGACCGCGACAUGAACCGCACCGAAGACAAGUACGGCUGGCUGGCAGCCCCACCUGCUUUCAUCAGUGCCAAGCAUGAAGGAGACAAGGUCAUUGUGUUCGACAGGGCAAAUGUGCUCUUUAUCUUCAACUUUCAUCCUGACAAGAGCUUUCAGGACUACAGAGUGGGUGUAGAAGCACCAGGAAAAUAUAAAAUCAAGCUGGAUUCAGAUGAGGUUCUGUACGGAGGACACGGACGGCUCGACCACAACACAGAGUUCUUCACCGAGCCCACGCCCUUCAACGGCCGCUGCAACUCAGUGAUGGUCUACAUCCCCUGCAGAACAGCUAUUGUCCUGGCCAACGAGGAGAUAGAUUACUGUUAUUAGAGGAUGAUUGGCUCCACAGAGACCAGGAUUGAGAAUGGAUUCCAACCUCAAACCCAGUGUUAACAAUCACCUUCAUCUUGAAGUGUCAGCCUUGCACACCAGCCAAACCUACGUCUUUUUUGUUUUCAAGCCUUUUUUCAAAUGAAGGGGUUGAAAAAUAAAGCUUCUUAAAAUUGUGUGCUUUCAACUACCAUCUGUAACCUUAGACACCGUGUAACCCCAUUUACUUCAGAUGGGUCCAUUUGGGAAGCAUCCAACCUCACCAGCAUCUAGAUGAUAAAAAUCAAAAUCCCUGCCGAGUCCAUCCACCACUAGCCAGAAGCCAUUUAUAGGCAUGGCUGCAUUUGGCCCAUCAUCAGAAAAAACCCGAGCAGCAACGGAGGCAGGGGAAAGCAUCACAUCCAGCCCAUCAUUUAUCAGAAUACAACAAAUGAUUUGAGGAAAAAUCAUGUAGAAUUGUAAACAUGUGGUAGCAAAAUAGAUUUUUUUUGUUAUGAAUAGGCUUAUAACAUCAAAAGAUGCAGGGAGUUGAUCACUGCUGAUCUGUAUUUGUUUGUUUUCAUUGUUGUCCGUGCGUCUAAAUAAACUGUCGUACACAAGGUGUCAAACUGGUUGGAAAAAUCAUAUUUUAAAGCUACACUAAGCACAUUUUUACACUUCAAACAAUUCUUGUAAAAGUGGGGUUCAGUGAUUGUGUUGGUAGAAACGUUACCAACUUCACAUGGGACAGCACUCUGCUGACCAGAAACAGUAUUUAACAAAUUUGCGGCGUGGGUAGGUGCCCUAGGGGGCACUCUACCUGCUUAAUGGCUGUUUACUCUUUUCUGUGCUGGUAGCUAAUAAAAGGCUAGCAAUUAGCUUUUUCAGUUGCCGGCCAUCACUAAAACACACAAGAAGAAGAAAAAAGAAGUUUGCCUUUUUGCUGGCAUCAUGGCGGAGCCUGGAAGUAAAAGCCAGAUAAUUAUGUUUUUAGAGGUGAAUCAAAAAUCUAAAAAGAGUGAAAAUGAACAUGACCUACAUUCAUUUGAGAAGGCGAAAGGAGGAUAUGAAAUCACAGGCUGAUGGUGACUUGGCUUUGUUGCUACUUACUGUAACUUGUAAGUAAUACUUUUUUUCUUUAAAAUUUGUGGUUUAUUUAAGAUCACUUGGUUAGUGUUGGUGUUAGCUCGUUGUUAGCAGGCUUUUUGAUGGCAGGCGUAAUUCCACUUUCAACCACAUUACUUGAAUGUUCAUUUAAAACAAUUAAGGUUUGAAUAAUGGAUGAGUACGUAGUUUUCUUGUGUCAUUUCAAGGUUUCGUGUACGUUGGAGGUGAAGUCAUCAGUCAUUCUGUCCAGCAAAACGUAAAAAUAAUGGUUACUAUAGCUCAGGUUGGCAUAACAAGGUGUCCCUCUAUUGAUUAAUAGCAUAAUCACAAAUUCAAUUCAAUUCAAAAAUACUUUAUUAAUCCCAGAGGGAAAUUGAUUGCUGUAGUAGCUCAGAAUAAUAAUAAAGGAGACUGAAAGGCCUUUGUGAUAUUUUUAAUGAUGGUCUUAGUUUUUUUCAUUUGUAAGUUCAUUCAAAGGCUGUUUGGUUGUUCCCAAAACAUAAGUCAUGAGUUUUACAAAGUGAAGUGAAAGAAGGGGCAAUCAUUGUUGGGUUAGAAAAGAGAACUUGGGAAAGUAUUUUAAACAUCUGAUGCAAUUACAUGGCUGUGAAACAUUAAAGUCCUGUAAAGAAACUUAAUUUGAAGUUUAAAAUGAAUUACUUACUGUAGGAUAGAAAUGGCAAAUAAGUUUCAAACUGAUAAAACUGAUCAGGCUGUGACUGUUAGCCUGUUAGCAUUUAACUCCCUGCCUUAAAGAAAACACAAUUUGUCUUUUAAAGAUGCGGUUCACUCGUUUAAUCAAUAAAUUUGCAGUUGUCUCGUAAUGAAUGGCUUGUAAGCCGUACUUUUUAGAAAAAAAAGCUCAGAUGUGUCUGAGGAGAAAGAAGCUUCAGAUUACUCAGAUUGGCUAAAUCCGGGCGUACACUGUGCGACUUUUUCACUCGUAGCACUCAGCUUCAGCUCAAACUGUACGACUUCCUCCCAGAGCAGAUCUCACGAGUCGUGCUCACACUGUACGACCCAGUUCUCGGAUGCAACCUGACUGCUCACACUGCAGCCUAAAAAUAUGCUAAAAAUAGCAGUUUUUACACAACACGUCAGACUUUUUUUUUUUUUUUUGCCUGUAGUCCUUUGGGAGUGCUGCAGGAGGACACACAGGGAUUUAUGGGGGUUGGAUGAGGAAAACGAAAUAAAGAAAGUAAAUCUGUGUUUUGUGAUCAGUUUUAUUUGACAUGAACACGACAAACAUGCUUUCUUGACAAUCUUUGUGAGUAAAAAAACGUGUAGAAACAAAAACGAACAGCGUGUGUUAUUAGGGAAAUAGCGGGGAGCUGUGUUGAUGCAGGAUUGCGCAUGCGCCGUGAGCGGUUCUGAUACAUUUUGGGUCGCAGCUGCUCGCAGCGCCGCUUCAGCAGUGCGAUACCCUCACGAGGGACGAGCAAAAUAUUAAACACGCCAGAAGUUUGUGCGAACUCACGAUUGCUGAUCAGUAGCUGGUCACGUGGUGUUGAUCGCCUCUCGUAACCCCCUGUACACUACACGACGCUCGACGCAAAACUCGCCCCGAUCUCGUGGAUUCUCGCACGAGUGGAAAAUCGGCUCAAAAAAGUGAAAAAGUCGCACAGUGUACGCCCGGCUUAACAGCAGCACAACUCUACCACUGACUGUUUGCUUUGCAACGUGUAUGUUUUAUCGCCACAAAUAACACAAGCCUGAAGAAGUUCAGCUGUGUGGUCGAGUUGCUAAAGCUAAUGGUUAGCUUCUGCUAGCUAAGACGAUCUUUGAGGUUUCCUGGUUGCUAAAACAACAGCCCUCUCCAUCGUGAGUCAAGAUGGAUGAGUCCAUCAAUGUUAAAUGACAGUGUGAUGCAGAUCUGUCAGGCUUUUCAAAUACUAAAGUUUCACCGUCUAUUUUCAUCAGAAGCUAAUGCAGGAAGUAGCUGUAGGAGACUAUUUUCAUGUUCAGCCUGCAUGAAAAAGUCAGUGACCCAUUAUAAUCAGAAAUAAUAAUUCAAAAAUAAUGUUUUUUCAGUGAACCUCACCUUUAAACUUCAUGAUGAGAAACUUCACCGGUCUGACCAUUGUGUAUGAAAAAUUUGUAUUUACAUCUAUGCUCUUUUAUUCCAUUGAGUGUGUUACAUAAUAAAAACACAGCAUUUUAAUGCCAAUAUCGCAAGUUUUCUAGGAUUAUCACAAUGUCCGUUUACAAAACAGCACUGACAACAGACCACACAAACAAAUUGUAGAUGUUUAUGUUUUUAUGCUUAUUUAAAUGAAUAUUCCAGCGCCACCACCUAUGAAAGAUCAGUAAUGAUCAAGUUUAUGCAAUCAAAAACAAUCUAAUUGAUCAGACUCUGCAGUAGUCAAGGUACCAGUAAAAUUUCUUCUGCAGUAGAUCACAUUAAACUGCUUCUCUCAUAAAUUUUUACUAAACUCUUCAAACUAAAUUCUACUACUAAACGUUGAUGCUGACGAUCAGCGUGCUCUUUCAUGUGGGAGAAGCCGGUAUAACAGGUAUGACUCACGCGCUUGACUACUUUAACAUGCUGUGAUUUAUAUGCUCUGUGCUCAUUAGGCGCUGUCGCAUUCCCCUGGGAAAGAAACCUGCAACACAGAAACCGCCUAAACUCGUGCAGAGAGCGACAUGUGCCUCUUUCAAUUAGUCCUGACUUCUGUGACUUUUGUCUCAACACACUUGAUUAUCGAACGUCUCAAAGAGCAGCGCCGGGCUGUUAUGCGAGGAGGUUAUUGAUUAACUAAAAUGAAGCGAGAUGCAGCUCUGAUGUCGGGUGACAGCUGAACUCAGGUAUUUUCAAAACACGUUCUAGUUUGAAAAUAACUGCGAUAACCGAUUUUGUUAUGUUCUUUUGUUUAGUUAUCCCCUCGUGGGUCUCUUUUUGUCGUACUCUUGUGUCUUUUCGACAGAUUUAAGCAUCCUUUGCCUGUUUUAUCUAAGAAAAUUUAAUAGGAGGAAAAUAAGAAUUUAAAUAAAUAAACAUUUUCAUAAAUUAAAGAUUCCUUGAUUUAUUUCCCCAAAUACAGUGAUGCUGAAUUAAUGCAGUUUGUCAUUGAAGGUAUGUUAUGUAGCAUAUGGCAGCUUUUGAUCUGCUCCCCCUUCAGCUGAAGAAAACUCAUUUAUAUUCAAGACCAUCCUUCUGUGUUUAGUGAAAAGUAUCGUGAACGUGUCAUUUCUUUCCUUUAGGUUUUAUUUUUUAAAGCAUUUUUCCACCUUUUGAAUCACUUUGCAAGCGUCCUUCAACGUAUAUUAUAUGCAACAAGACUGUGCAUCUGAAUCAGAACCUUUAAUCACUCUUGAUCUGACCCAUUGUCGUCGUUUGGGCACAACCACGAUGAAUUGUCUGCAUUUGUACUCUGAGUAGAUAUUGAUGUCUGAUGCACUGUACCGGUCUCUGCAUAUUUCUUUCCUUACUACAAAUGACAAUAAAUCAGUCUUGUCAAGCCA